AAUAUACACAACCUUCCCAUUUCUCUUUCUCCGUCAGCGCUGUCUUCCCUUCGUUAUUAGUUUUCGCACUUGAUCGCCUCCGUCGUUCGCUCCUCCCUUCCGGCAUCGGAUAAUUGUCGGCAAUUUCAAUUUGAUCAUUAAAUUAAAUCGAAUUUCUCCCACAAACUAUUAAUCCAAUGGAUGAUUAUUUGAGCGGCGAGGAGGAAGAUUACUAUUACUCCUCCGAUCAGGAAUCUCUCGACGGGCUUGAUAACGAAGAAUCCAAUUUGCAACAUGUUUCCUCCAGAGCCAAUACCGCUAAGGUCAUUACGAAGGAAUCCCUUCUGGCUGCACAGAGGGAGGAUUUGCGAAGAGUGAUGGAGUUGCUAUCGCUUAAGGAGCACCAUGCUCGGACUCUUCUUAUCCAUUACCGAUGGGACGUGGAGAAGUUGUUUGCUGUUCUUGUUGAGAAAGGGAGAGAUAGCUUGUUCUCUGGCGCUGGUCUUACGAUUCUUGAUCAUCAGCGUCGUGAUUCUUCCUUCUCUCUUUCGUCGAUGACGAGCUGUGAUAUCUGCGUAGAGGAUGUGCCGGUUCAUCAGACGACAAGAAUGGACUGUGGCCAUUGUUUCUGCAAUAACUGUUGGGCUGGGCAUUUUACUGUAAAGAUAAAUGAAGGUCAGAGCAAAAGGAUUAGAUGCAUGGCUUAUAAAUGCAAUGCUAUCUGCGAUGAAGACGUUGUCAGGACUCUAGUUAGUAAAAGCCAACCAGAUUUAGCCGAGAAGUUUGAUCGUUUUCUCAUUGAGUCGUACAUAGAAGACAACAAAAUGGUGAAGUGGUGCCCGAGCACUCCGCAUUGCGGGAACGCGAUACGUGUUGAGGACGACGAGCUCUGUGAGGUCGAGUGCUCCUGCGGCUUUCAGUUCUGUUUCAGCUGCUCGUACCAAGCUCACUCCCCUUGCUCCUGUUUGAUGUGGGAGCUAUGGAGGAAAAAAUGCCACGACGAGUCCGAGACGGUUAACUGGAUAACGGUUCACACAAAACCGUGUCCCAAAUGUUACAAACCUGUCGAAAAGAAUGGCGGAUGCAACCUCGUGACUUGUAUCUGUGGACAAUCUUUCUGUUGGUUAUGUGGUGCAGCUACGGGAAAGGAUCACACUUGGUCUAGAAUCUCGGGUCAUAGUUGUGGUAGGUACCAAGAAGACAAAGAGAAGCAGAUGGAGAGAGCGAAAAGGGAUCUUUACCGGUAUAUGCAUUACCAUAACCGUUACAAAGCACAUAUCGAUUCCUCGAAGCUAGAGGAUAAACUCAGCGAUACCAUCCUCGAGAAAGUGUCGAUCUCGGAGAAGAGGCAGUUACAGCUCAAAGACUUCAGCUGGGUCACCAACGGACUCCACAGGCUAUUCAGAUCAAGACGAGUGCUUUCGUAUUCGUACCCAUUCGCGUUCUACAUGUUUGGAGAUGAGUUGUUCAAAGAUGAGAUGAGCUCAGAGGAGAGAGAGAUAAAGCAAAACCUGUUCGAGGAUCAGCAGCAGCAGCUUGAAGCUAACGUAGAGAAACUCUCAAAGUUCUUGGAAGAGCCAUUUGAUCAGUUCCCUGAUGAUAAAGUCAUGCAGAUAAGGAUCCAAGUCAUCAAUUUGUCAGUCGCAGUCGAUACCCUCUGCAAGAAAAUGUUUGAAUGCAUUGAAAACGACUUGCUGGGUUCUCUGCAACUUGGCAUCCACAACAUUGCUCCAUACAAAUCGAAUGGGAUCGAACGAGCAUCGGACUUUUAUAGUUCUAAUGGUGACAUCUGUCAUCAACCUUCGAAUUGUGGAUGGAACUCAGAAGAAACAACAAGUUGCUCGUCCAAGAAACGUCCAAGAUUAGAAGGAAGUUACAGAAAUAGCCAAACCACAACAACAUUACUGGAUUUAAACUUGCCUGCGGAAGUGAUGGAGAGGAAAUGAAUUAAUGAUAACUCAUCUAUAUCAAGAACACACCAUUAUUUUUUGUCUGAAUGUACAGCUCUUAACCCGAAUCUUGUCUACUUAAUAUCUAUUUUUCUUUCACUAGCGUGAAACUCUUUCGAGUUCAGGCUGCUUACAGAUUUUAAAUCGGUUUCGGAUUUAACAUAGUAAUCUUUUUGGAGUCUUAUGUAAAUUGCUUUGAAGUUGCCUUUGAUCCAGGCUUCUCUCAAUGCCUCAAGGUGUAAAUUGUUUUAGCUCUUAAUGAAUCAUUCCUAAUUUAUGUUUAAAACAUAUUUUUUUUACGCAAAGACAUUAUUUUUUCAAAUAAAUAA